ACCCCGUUCCCUUCCCCUUCUCUUGAGUCGGCCGCGUGUACGCGCUCGAGCCGCGAAGGGUCAACCCCGAGCACGCUGACGAAGAGCUCACGAACCCGCGCCGACGGCUCUCACCCGCCGCCCCCGCUCCCGAAGCAGUUAGGGCAAUUAUAGUUCAUCGCGGACCUCUUCUUGCUCAGUGACGACCAACACCCCGGGCGAGAGUGGGUGCGACGCCGGUUUGUGUGUGUAUCUGUCUGUACGUCUUCCGACGGCGCCAGUGCGAGGCGCCCACUGGAGCAAGUGAUACCACCAGACACUCGGCCAUUGUCUCCGACGUCUUGUGGCGGGAAAAUCCGCAAGGACCCGCUUCCUGAAGGGUGCAACCCCCUUCCUUCCCAGGACAGCGCCAAGAAGUUCCUCGCAGUUUCUAUCUGCUGUCGUGUGGUGCGUGUGUUGUGGAUGUGGGCCGUGCGGACCCCGUUCCUUUCCUGGCCACUUUUCUUCUGCUGAGCACGCUGAGUGACAGAAAGGCAAGGCCGGUAGUGAGCAGGAUUAGGAUGUGCCUCAUGCAUCAAUCGUGAUGUUCUCGCCAGGCGUUGUCCUACUAUUCUUGGGUGCCUACGUUGUAGGCGCAAGAUGCACCAGCAUAGACUGCUUGAUCACGGCUGAAGAUUUAUUAGAGCAGCAGACUUGCGUCUACGGAGAGAACUGCAACGUGUACUGCAAGUCAUCGUGCCUUGCAAGCCAUAACACACAUGUCUACGGAACCGUCUUCUACGCCACGCCAUCUUCCGUGUGCAAGAGCGCGCUCCAUGAUUUGCGCAUAUCGGCUUGGAACACAUCGGUACGAACGGUUUCCUUCGUGGCGUACAAGACGAAAAGGAGCGACUUCUCAGCUUCGACGCGAUAUGGAGUUACUUCCGAAAGCUCCUUCUCGUCACACGAUUUUUUUAUUUUCUCGACCACUCGAAUAAAAGAGGAUGUACUGGACGUCACGGCACUCCAUAGAAAUUUCAUAUACGACGGCAGAAGCAUGUCGCAGCUAGAGUGUCAUGGUCCCGAAGAUAGUGCCAUAUACUUCGACUAUGCAAUCAAAGAAGUUCUAUUUAGAAACUUGACCCUUCGUCCAAAUCCAGUCAAAAAAGCUUACAGAUUGCGAUUUCCGAGUAAGUCUUUCCCCCACUCAAGAACAAAUGUAUUUUGGUGCCGACUGCAAGAUACGACACUCUCCUACGUUGGUUCACCAGCCAUGUACUACGACAGAAACGUGGGACCACAUUUUCUGCCUAUGAACUACACUGUGACGGUCAGCCUAAACGAAACGGCGACCCUUCAAGUCAUGAAGGUGCCUGGUGACGACGGAGAUAGCCGAGUGUCUUCUUGGGCAAGGGUUAACGCGUCAGGACACGCCACUGAGCGACUUUCAAGUAGAGGCGGAGAUUCCACCCUGUGGACGGCACCGAGAGCCCGCUUGGAACACAACGGAGUGUAUGUCGCGAAUGGAAUGAACACAGGGGCACCAGGAAAAAACAGAGCAGUCUUCAGAGUUAUCGUGCGCAGCUGCCCUGACCAAAUCUACGGUCCCAAUUGCAAUUUCGUGUGCCCGAAAUGCGAAAAUGGUGGCGUCUGCCACGACAUCACAGGACAGUGCAUCUGCCCACCUGGUUUCAUGGGAGAGACUUGCAAUAACACCUGUGGUGACGACUAUUUUGGGAGGUACUGUACACGCCGUUGUUCGGAGACGAAUCGGGACGGGAACGACAAGACUUGCAGGGGAAUACUCAUGUGUCUGCCAGACCCCUACGGCUGCUCAUGCGGGACAGGCUUCCAUGGCCCUUUCUGCAACCAGACGUGUCCACCUAACCAGUACGGAGCUGACUGCAAACAACAUCGAGUAUGCUUCUGCGAGACGAAGGCAUACUGCGACGUCUACACAGGCACGUGUCAACAGGACCGUGGCAGGUGUCGCAGCGGCUGGAAAAAUUCGCCAUACUGCGAUCAAAGCUAUCCCCUUCUGAACGAUGCGCCUACUGUAAGCGGUGUAACCAACAAAGAAGCAACAGUAAAAUUCGGGUCAUGGCGCCGCAGAAUUGAUAUAGGCGAGGGAAAUCCUGUGCGGUAUUCGGUUCAGCACAAGGCUGAAAAUGAAACUUGGAGCACCACAGCCGUCAACGCAACUCGGAAUGAGUACGCCACAGUGAUUAAGCGACUCCGUAGUGGUACCUACUACGAUGUUCGUGUUUUGGUCAUCGAUCAAGACAACAUGUACAGGGAACAUGGCGCAAGAGUCACGCGAUUCAGAACCGCUUGUGGAGAACCACUGCGGCCUCCUCAAAAUGUGGACAUAAACAACAGCAGCACGAGAGAAAUCAUCGUCAGGUGGACGAAUCCUGGCAAGCAGAGCUGGCAGUGCUGGAGUGUGAAUGUAGUACUCGAAGUGAAUGGUACGCCGGUGGAGUUCAACUUGACCGAGUCUAGCACGAGGCCCAGUGAUGUGUACAGUAUACCGACGGCUCCGUACACAGCAGUGACAGUCCGACUGCGCCUAAGAACGCCAGACAACAAAUACAGUUCGUGGACAAAAACACAACGUGUGACAUCAGCUGAGGACGCUCCUGGCAUGGUGGCCUACGUAAAGCUCCUUCGAAAUGGCUCCCGGAACGCGACUGUCUCUUGGGGCCCUCCGGAACAAAAGAACGGCGUUAUUCGAAACUAUCACGUCGUCUACAGGCCACUGGCGUUGCGUAUACAGCCUUGUCAAGCACUUGACCAAAUAGACACGACAGUGAUGGUGCCACCGACGAGUCACAGCGUGGACCUGACGCCACUGCGCCCCUACACCAAGUACCAUUUUUCCGUAUCAGCCGUCACCAUCAAGCACGGCCCUGAGACGACCGCGACUUUCGACACGGACCAAGCGCUCCCUGAGGGAGUGCCAACUCAGCUGCACUACACAAACAUUGCACGGAACACCGACACGCUAACCUGGGCCGAGGUACCCUGCGGACAGCGCAACGGGCCCAUCACAUCCUACUAUGUGGAAAUGGACAGCAUUGACCCUUGGGAAACCGAGCUGCGACAAACGAUGGUCAAUUGGACGUCGAUAACCUACCGGGACCUGCUGCCUUACACUCGAUACCAAGCAAAGUUGUAUGCCCAGAACGGUGCUGGUCGAUCGCCAUUGUUCGCCUCCACGAACUUCACAACGCCUUCUGCUCCUCCACCUGCUCCCGAAGGUCUGGAGUAUGACCAACUUUCUCAGGCCAGCAUAUUGCUGAUGUGGAAAGCUCCAUAUCCCCCUGCCGGCGUCCUGGAACACUACGAGCUCAAAUACUGGAAAGAGCCGAAAGGAGGCCUGUUUACUCGGACAGUGAUCAACCACACACUGUGUUCUUCGAGGAACCAGAAACCACGACCAUGUUUCACUAUCCAUCAACUAGAGGUGGACUCUGUGUACCACUUCUCGGUACGCGCGAAGAAUAUUAAUACUGGCUAUUCACCAUACUCUCUUGAAGUGGAAGUGGAGACGAGAGAAAUGGUGCCAGAUGCUCCCGAAAGCAUUACGUCGUCGGAGCAGACGGAGGACAGUCUGAAGAUCCAAUGGGACCCGCCUAUCCGCAAGAACGGCGUCCUGAGAGGUUAUAAGUUGAACUCUUCUAUAUCCCACACAUUUGAUGCGACGCUGGCUAAAUCGUGGCAGCCCAGGUCCGUCUUGCUGAACAGCUCAGACUCGCCGGAGUUUUACCUGCGUGGCCUGUUUCCGGGGUCAACGUACUUGGUCUGCGUUCAAGCGAAAACAAGUGCUGGAUUCGGAGAGGCCAUCUGCGACAACUUCAGCACGAAGGCUUCGAUUCCUGAAGUCCAGGUUGAACCCAGGGUGGGAGCAAUUGUCAAUAAUACAGUUAGCAUAAUGCUGUACCCGGUGGACUUUAAGAAGGGGCCAAUCACAGGGUACUACCUAGUCGUCUUGCGCGAAGGCGAAACCAUUCCUCGCCCCGUCAAGCUCGUAAACUACAGCACAGCACGAGACAUGCGCCUUGGCUACUACGUCGCCGCCCACCUGACGCCCAAGCAAUUGGAGGAAGCGGUGGACUUUCUUGUCGGCGGUGGUGACGUCAUCGGGGGCUUCGAAAAUCCACCGCUCACUGAUGCAAUGGCGUAUCGCUUUGGUCUGCUAGCCGAGAGCAACUUUUCUGGGGAGGCGCUUUACGGGUACCGCCUCACAGCUCCUGUCAUUGUCAAUGGUGGCAGCAGUGCAGCGGGUGUUGGGGUCGUCAUCGGAGCCAUCCUCGUUCUGCUCAUCCUCAUAAUCGCGGCGAUUGCGCUGACGUUUUACUACAUCCGGCAACGGCAAGCUGUUGCGUACCGGUCUAAGAGCCCCACAAAGCGAAGCUUGAAAGAGCGUCUCUCCAGGCUUUCAAAGUUGGAUGAAAACAGCAUGUCUGAAUCGCGCAUGACCUUGAACAUGGAGAGCAGCGAUUCGGUGAAUAUGACAGUCGUGGCGAACGGAGGGCUCCCGUCUAAGCCAGUUCCUGUGAAGCGGCUUCAGGAACACGUUAUACAAGGUCAAGCAAACGGUGUGCUUAAGGAAGAGUACAUGACUACACCGAAGGGACAACUUCAUCCAUGGGACGUAGCGAAAAAGGCUGAAAAUAAGCCGAAGAAUCGCUACGGGAACAUUCUGCCGUAUGACCACUCCAGAGUGAAGCUUGUUCCAUUGCCAGACUUCGAGACCACGGAUUAUAUAAAUGCAAGUUAUGUAUCGGGUUACAGGUGCCCACGAAAGUACAUUGCAACGCAAGGUCCAAAGCAGACGUCGCUCACAGAUUUCUGGCGGAUGGUCUGGCAAGAAGGAUCUUGCAAAAUCAUAAUGCUGACCAACCUCAAAGAGCAAGAAAAGACAAAGUGCGAACAGUACUGGCCAGAGACUUCGCAGAAGUACGGCAAAUUUGUGGUGACACUGAUGAAGACAGACACUCAGGUCGACUUUGUAGUGCGUGAAUUUGAAAUUUCAUUGGAAAACAAGGCACGGACGGUGGUUCAGUUUCACUUCACCACGUGGCCAGACCACGGCGUCCCUCUCUACCCAGACGCUCUGCUGCCAUUCCUCAGGCGCAUUUGGGAUUUCCAGCCGCAUGAUGACCACCCUAUCAUUGUUCAUUGCAGCGGGGGCAUCGGCCGCACGGGGACGCUGAUCUUGGUGGACAGCAUGCUCUCGCAAGCGGAAGCAGAGGGCGAAGUGAACCUCGUCGCCCAUUUGCACGCGAUGCGUCAGAGUAGGGUCAACCUAGUCGAGUCCCUGGAGCAGUACAUUUUCGCGUACAUGGCUCUGGUGGAGAUACUGUGCUCGAAAAAUCACAAGCUGUCCGUGAAAGAGUUCGUGGCUCUGUACCAGAAGCUCAAGGCCAAGAGCGCCGCAACAGGAAAGAGUGCCAUAGAGCUUGAGUACGAGGAACUCGCCCGGAUAUGCCCACUUCCUGCGCCGGAGGAGUACAACAGUGCACGGGACGGGAAAAAUGCUCCCAAGAAUCGAUCGUCAAAGAUUUUAGCAUGUGACAGCAGGAGGCCGUUCUUGAGCGUCACAGCUGAUGGAUCAAAGACAGACUAUAUCAAUGCCAUAUAUGUGGAUGGUUUCAAGAGACGAAAAGCGAACCUCGUGACACAACUGCCUCUGCCAGAAACGGUCGAUGACUUCUGGGAAAUGCUUGCGGGCAGUGGCUCUGUCACACUCGUCACGCUGGGUCCUCUCCAAGAUGAGACGACACCGCAAUUCUGGCCGAGCCUGAAGACCACAGUCAAGUACGGAAAGGUUGUGGUGGAGCAGACCGACACUCAAGACUUCCGAGGCCUCCUCGUGCGAACAUUUAAGGUCAUCUACGGUUCGCGACCAGCCCGGAUAUUGAAGCAGUUCCACUCACAGUCCUGGAAUAGGGCCAGCACUGUGCCGAGUUCCUGCGACGUGGUGCUGGAGAUACUGCAACACGUGGAUCGGUGGCAGAUGCAAGCCGAAGGGAGAACAGUCGUGGUGCAGUGCCUGGAUGGCUGCCAGGAAAGCGGCCUGUACUGCGUGUCGGCAGCGAUAUGCGACCAGCUGAAGCUGGAACAGGAGCUCGACGUAUUCCGAUCCGUGCGCAACGUGCGCUGUAGCCGUCCUGAAUUCAUCGUCGACUCGGAACAAUACGCCUUCUGCUACGACCUGGCUCUCAGCUUUCUGGACACGUUCGAUACCUACUCCAACUUCCAGUGAACUCAUCGAGUGCUUCUUAUUUAUGGAGACCGUUUUCUACUCACUGCUUCAAAUGACGCAGAAUAAA